CUACUGUCCCUGAACCUCCUACGGACUGAGACGUGGUUCUCUGAACCGACAUCUGCUAUCAUGCAGUUCGGCAGUGCCAUAGGCACAGCAUGUCUUACGUUCGUUCUGACCAACAUCGACGACGCGUUCGUGCUCGUGACCUUCUUCGCCGAGUCCUCAACCUCCAGGAAUCUCACUCCCCUUAAGAUCACUCUUGGACAAUAUCUCGGUUUCACCGUCAUUGUAGUUAUCAGUCUAAUCGGUUUUGCUGUUGCGGUGGCACUCCCGUCCGAACCUAUUGGCUUUUUGGGCCUUUUACCCAUUCUCCUUGGUGUAUGGAAAUUCUAUGACCUGAUCUUUCCCCAAAAUGACGAUGCGGAGGAGGAAGAAUCGGAAUCUCAGCGCAUCGCCAAUGCCAAAUCAGUCUUCAAGGUUGCCCUCAUUACGAUCAUGAAUGGGGGCGAUAAUAUCGGCACCUAUAUACCUCUCUUCUCCCAAGCGAAGGGCGCGGAGGUCGCCGUCUACGUCGUGGUCUACUACAUUCUACUCGGCAUCUGGUGUCUUAUGGCCUUUCUUAUUAUGAAGCAGAGGCAUAUCCUACGGCUGGCCGAAAAAUAUGCUUCAUUCAUAAUACCGUUCCUCUAUGUCGGCCUCGGUAUCUACAUCGUCGUGAAGUCAAACUGCUACCCUUGGUCGGUCAAGGAGAUCGAUGAUGAUUUACUCAGUCACCCUGGCAAGAUAGUUAUGGGCGUUGUCACUGCGUUGUUGCUGUCGUCUAUCAUGGGAAUGAUGGUGUGGUUUAAGGUGCGGAAAAUGAGGAAAUCGACGAGGAACGAGGAAAUCUCCCUCACCGAAAACACUCUUGCUGUUACAAAAGACGAAAAUGGCGGCCCUCUAGAUACCUCUAAGAAUGGCAAAAAUGCUGAUUCUGCUGAUUCUGCUGAUACGACUGUCAAUGGGCAGCCUGGGAAGGAUUGUGAAGAGACUGAGAUGAGGUCAUUGGAGGAAGGAACGCAUGCAGAGCAGUUACAGCCUGACAGCAAGGUUCAGCCUUUGGCUACACCGGGAGAUGGCGUGAUACAGGCGGCAAGCUAAAAUAUCGAAGAUACAGAAGAUUUUUGGUAGCAUAUACAGUGCAUGUGCUUGUUGGC